CCCAAUGGAGUGGGUAGCUACUAGCUAUUAACACGUGGGUGACCGUCUACCCCUCACGAACGGUAGCUAGAUCGAUCUCCCCUCAGCGCUAUAUAAAUUCCGCCCCGCAAUUUCUCUGCAACAAUCACAGAUUUCGCAUUUUCAUCUGAAAAUUUGAGGCACGGAGAGAGAUAGAGAAAGAAAGAUAUGGCCCCGGCAACGCUAACCUCACUGGCGGGGGAGGAGACGCUGCAGGCGAAGUUCGUCAGGGACGAGGAUGAGCGUCCGAAGGUUGCGUACAACCAGUUCAGCAACGAGAUUCCGGUGAUAUCGCUGGCCGGAAUCGACGAUAACGGCGGCCGGAGAUCGGAGAUAUGCAGGAAGAUCGUGGAGGCGUGCGAGGACUGGGGGAUAUUCCAGGUGGUGGACCACGGCGUCGACGCCGGUCUCGUGGCGGAGAUGACUCGUUUCGCUCGCGAGUUCUUCGCAUUGCCUUCGGAAGAGAAGCUUCGGUUCGACAUGUCCGGUGGCAAAAAGGGCGGCUUCAUCGUGUCCAGUCAUCUCCAGGGCGAAGCAGUCCAAGACUGGCGGGAAAUAGUGACGUACUUCUCGUACCCGAUCCGGACCCGGGACUACUCGAGAUGGCCCGACAAGCCCGAGGGUUGGAGGGCUGUGACGGAGGCCUACAGCGAGAAGCUGAUGGGGCUCGCUUGCAAGCUGCUGGAGGUGCUUUCUGAGGCCAUGGGGCUGGAGAAGGAGGCCCUGACCAAAGCCUGCGUUGACAUGGACCAGAAGGUAGUGGUCAAUUUCUACCCCAAAUGCCCGCAGCCCGACCUCACUCUCGGACUCAAGCGACACACGGAUCCGGGUACCAUAACCCUGCUCCUUCAGGACCAGGUGGGAGGCCUCCAGGCCACCAGGGACGACGGUAACACCUGGAUCACCGUUCAACCCGUGGAAGGCGCAUUUGUCGUCAAUCUAGGCGAUCACGGUCACUAUCUGAGCAACGGGAGGUUCAAGAAUGCGGAUCACCAGGCGGUGGUGAACUCGGACUGCAGCAGGCUGUCGAUAGCGACGUUCCAGAAUCCGGCGCCGGAGGCGAGGGUGUACCCGCUGGCCAUAAGGGAGGGGGAGAAGGCGGUGAUGGAGGAGCCCAUCACAUUUGCAGAGAUGUACAAGAGGAAAAUGGGGCGGGACCUGGAGCUCGCCCGCCUCAAGAAGCUCGCCAAGGAGAAGAAGACGGAGGAUCUGCAGAAGGGCGCCGAUAAGCCCAAAGCCCUCGAUGACAUUUUUGCUUAAUUUCAUUUACCUUAGAGCUUGCUUUGUUUAUUAACGUUUCGGAUUUUGAUUGUGCGCAGGGUGUGGGCGAAUCUGCAAUUAUGCAUUUUAGCAAAUACUUUUUUUAUGUAAAUGGUUUGGGGGAGGUUUGGCUGCCCCACCUUUUAUGUUUAUUUACAUUAUGUAUUCCACUUUUUUUUUUUUUUUUCUUAAAUGGUAAUAAUUGAACUUUUUCACCUUUUCUUUUCUUAGGAAGGGUUGUAUUGAUAGAGAUUAAGUAGUUUAUGAGAAAAGAUCUUUGUCAA